GGAAGGCACAGGCAAAUUCCUCUCUCCUUCUCUCAGCACUGUCCACUGGACAAUUUGCUGGAGACAAGAAGAAGUGUCCCUUGGUAGGGCCUUGUCUCCACCCAUGUGGCUGACAGAGCAGGGAAGAGGUGGGUAGACAAUCCAGGGAUCAGCAGUAAUUCAGGAAUUUCCCUUUUCGUAAUCCAACCAUCUUUGCAGCUUUAUCAUUCCAGAGAGUCAUAAAAAUGAAGCAAAUGUGGAGCUUCAGCAGAAAAAUGACCUUGGAUUUCCCUUAAGUGACAUGUCCUCUGAUGUCCUUUUUCUCAGUGCCUGGAGGCAGAAGGCAGCCCUGCAAUGUGGUGGUUCCAGCAAGGCCUCUCGUUCCUGCCCGUGGCACUGGUUGUGUGGUCAGCAGCAUCCUUUGUGUUCUCCUACAUCACUGCAAUUGUCCUGCACCACGUUGACCCUUUGGUGCCCUACAUCAGUGAUACAGGGACAAUACCACCUGAAAGAUGCUUAUUUGGGAUCAUGUUAAAUGUUUCAACCUUCUUGGGGAUGGCCACCAUGUACGUGCGAUACAAGCAGGUGUCUGCCCUGAGCCCAGAGAAACCCAGGAUCCUCAGGCUGAAUAGGCUGGGCCUCAGGCUGGGAUGGAUGAGCUGCUUUGGGCUCUGCAUUAUUGCCAAUUUCCAGAAAUGCAUCCUGUACUACAUCCACGUGCUGGGAGCCUGCCUGACCUUUGGGGUGGGGUCCAUUUACAUGCUGGUUCAGACCCUCCUGUCCUACCUGAUGCAGCCAGAAGUUCACAGCAAAGGCAUCUUCUGGGCCCGCCUGGCCGUGCUCCUGUGGAGCUGCUCCAGCAUCCUCAGCAUGUUCGUGUCCUCACUUUUGUUGUACAGUGGCCUGUAUGGACAGAACCUGGUGCAGAAGCUGCACUGGGACCCCCAGGAAAGAGGCUACACCCCCCACAUGAUCAGCACUGUCUCCGAGUGGUCACUGGCAUUUUCCUUCCUCAGCUUCUUCCUCACCUACAUCCGAGAUUUCCAGAAAAUCUCCCUGCAAGCCGUGGUCAGCCUGCAGGGCCAGACCCUGUACGAGAGCCCGGGGAGCUUCAGGGCAGAGGACCAGGCACUGCUCAUAGCAGGGAGCAUCUGAUGGAUGGAGAGAACUCAGGAAUUGAAUAGCAAUAGCAGCUGUUAUUUCUAAACAUUAAUUUUAUAUUAAAAAAUGUAUUAAGUGAUUGUCUAGUACUUGACAUCAAGGGCUUUGCUAUUAACCCACAGCAAUGCAAAUGUUAACAGUACUGUAAAUGAGUCUGUGACAUUUCUACAUUUUCCAGUGUCAUGAAGGAUUAAAUGAAGGUUAUUCAUGAA